CGAGCGAGCGAGCGAGAGAGCCAACGGGAGAGAAUGAGAGAGCAGACUUCGGUCUUGUUCGCCGUGACGUCACCGCGCUGCGAGCCCCGCCCUCAUGGCGAACGGACCUGCCGAUUGGUCGAGAGGAAUGAUGGCAGGCGCUGUUGCCAAUCGAUUGCCGUGAGCGCUCGAGCCCGGUCCGUCGUUCGGUUGCGAUUCCCUCUCCGCCGGUCGGAGUGCGCUCCGUGGUGGGGAGGCGCGCAAAAAGUGGAGGUGGGGAACGGCCACCUUCGGCAGGAAGUGAGCUUCGACCCCAAGGAGUAUAGCGUAAAUGCUCAGACUGUUUCGUUCUCCGGUGGAGAGUGGAGGUCGCAUCUCUCUUCUUUUGCAUCGGGCAUUGCAGCCUAAUCGUAGUCGUUGCUGUCACGUUGGAACGGUAGCAGGGUGCGCGGUGUUUCGGGCGAAACGAAGGGAAAUUUCGAAAAAAAGAGGAAAAAACGGAAAGCAAGAAGCGAACGUAGGUGGGAGCGAAGGUAGGAGUGAGCGAGCGAGCGAGCGAGCGAGCGCGCGCGCGUGGUGCACGUGCGGACUGCGUGUGAAGGUGUUUGGUCUCGUGCGUCGUUGCCGCACAGUCGUGUUGCGAUUCGUCGAGCGUGCCAUAGGCCGCAGCCAGUCAGAGUGGCCAGCGUGAGACACGGAGAGUGGUGAGAGACUAGCGGUGAGGGGAAGAAAGUGAGUGCCGUCAGUUCUCACUUGGACUCUGUGACCUGCGGAUCCGUGCCAGGUAUAGGGAGUAUACUCUGCUGGGCGCUGCUUGUCAGCCGGAAGACGAGUCGUGUGUGUACGUAGGUAGGUACAGCCGGGCGCACACACGGGUCUGGUGAACGCCAGUUCGCGGAGUACAGACGUGGAGACCGAUAUAGUAUAGUGAUCGGAAAGUGCUUCCUACCGACAUCGAGUUUUCAGGGACGAGUAGUCAUUUCGUGAACAAUAUCCACGGCGAUCCACGGAGGUGCACGGUGUGAGAGGGGGAGAGAGAGAGAGAGAGAAAGGGGUAGAGAGAGGGAGGAGAGAGAGAGAGAGGUAGAGACAGACAUACACAUUCACCAAGGACAAGAUUCCGCUUGUGUCUAGUACAGUAUGUGCGAUAGUGCUUGUCGCAUCGUUUGGACAGUGCUCUCGUGAUCGCGCGAUUCUUCGGAUCGGAACUUGCAUCAUCUCGUAUCGUACUCCCGACCAGGGGUGGUUCGGUGUCGCGGGUGUCGCGUUCUCGCACGCUCACCGGUGAGCCGCGGUUUCCACAGGCGCAAACACGUCAUCCGGACGUAAACGGGCGACGCAGUCGUCAGUGACAAGUUGAGAAGCCACUUUGAUGCCAUCGGUCGGUGCGCGCAGGUGGACGUCGGGCAAGUGACGGCCCGAGGUAACCCGGGCCACCUCUCAUCGGCUUCCAGAUCAGAUCCUCAGCGGGGCUGCUGCGUGACGCGCACCUUCGGCGUGCUUGGUCGCGAUUUUCUUGACGUCGAGAGGUACCAGAAAAGGACGGCAAGCUGUACGGGCACAGGGAGGAAGACAUGCUAACGAUGGAGACGGAUCUGAAGGGCGGCAACUUGCAUGGUCAGAUGCCACCGCAUCCGCAGGGUGUAUCGCCGAUGGGACACCACGCCGGCAUGUCCUACGGCACUCUCGGCUCGAUCGUGCACAGCCCGGCGUUGUCGGGGAGCCCGCCUGGUGCGACCGGCCUCGGUAUGGGUCUUCAGCAUCAUCACCAGGCCCAGCAGCAUCACCCCUACGCCUCGAUGCAGGUCGCCGCGGCCGCGGCCGCGGCCGUGCAGCAGCAGAACAUGCACGCGAUGGCGGCGCAGCAGAGCGCCCAUCAGCAACAGCAUCAUCCGCACCAGUCGCAGCAGCAGCAACAGCAGCAGUCGCAGACGCAGCACCAGCCCAACAGUCACAGCGGCAGCAACAGCAACCCCGGCAGCAACCCCGCGAGCAACAAGAACAGCAACAUCGACCGCGUGAAGAGGCCGAUGAACGCGUUCAUGGUGUGGUCGCGCGGCCAACGGCGCAAGAUGGCCCAGGAGAACCCGAAGAUGCACAACUCGGAGAUCUCCAAGCGGCUCGGCGCCGAGUGGAAGCUGCUGAGCGAGCAGGAGAAGCGGCCGUUCAUCGACGAGGCGAAGCGGCUACGUGCGGUACACAUGAAGGAGCACCCGGACUACAAGUACCGACCGCGACGCAAAACAAAGACGCUGAUGAAGAAGGAGAAAUUCACCCCGGCCGGCAUGGCCGCCGUCGGCGGGAUGCUCGGUGUCGACCAACGGCAGGUAGGCACCGGCGCUGGGCCGCAGUCCAGCUCAUUGACCCGUGAUAUGUACAUGGUGCAACAGACCAACGGCUACAUGCCCAACGGACACGCAACUGCCCAUCACUACCUGAUGCACGACCCGACGACGGCGACGGUCGCGGCGGCGUAUCAGCAGCACCAGGCGGUCGCGUACAGCGGUCACAUGAGCGGCGCCGCGGCCACCGCGGCCUCUUAUCCGAGAUACCCGGACGCGAUGAGCCAUCACAUGGGCGGCGGCAGCCCCAGCCCCAUCAACAGCUACAUGAACGGUUACAGUGGAUACCCAGGCACCACUGUGCCGGGCGGCUCACCCUCGCCCUAUCAUCAGGCGCAAUCGGGCUCGCAGAUGUCCAGUCACAGUCCAAGCGGCAGCAGCAUAAAGUCCGAGCCUACGAGCCCGGCGAGUGGCGGUAUUCACACGCCGACGCCGACGGGGCCGACGUCGGCGGGCGCGGCCGCCGGCCAGGCGGUGAAACGGGAGUACAUGGGCCAGCAGCAGCAGCAACAGCAGCAGCAGCAGCCCAACCAGCAGGGUGAUCUCAGGCAGAUGAUCUCGAUGUACUUGCCGCAGGGCGUCGAGCAAGGAGUCGUGCACCACAGCACGGCCGUCUACUCACCCGGCCCGUCGCCGGAGGCGUUGACGCAACACCAAGUCCCUGUGCCGCACCUCCAGCACAUAUAUGACAAGGACGUCACCGGCCGCUUCAGCUUACUUUGGGAGUCAUGUCGGAGCAAUCAAGUUGACAGUCUUUUUGCAGACGAGGGAUACGACUAUAUUUUUACGGGUCUUUAAGAAGCUGAGAGAAGACACACAAUGUGACGAUGUAAUCGCAGGUUGUUCCCGGUGGAGAUGAGCCCUGUUGUUUUGUUGCCGCACAAGAACGGAAUCGGUGUAGUUUACUUUGCUGAUGAGCGUUACAUGAAACUUCUCGGGGACACUUGGCCGCACGAUGAAGACGAUGACGAGAGCCUCUUGUUUCAUUUUUUCCGUUGCUCACACAUAUGCGUGAGCUUAUGUCAUGGUCAAAUCCGGCGGGUUCCCGCGGCCGACGGUGGCUCUCGCAGAGAGUAUUCCAGCAGCGUACCCUUACUCGGCCGAUCGCUCGCCGGAAUGUCGUCUCUCUCUCUCUCUCUCUCUCUCUCUCUCUCUCUCUCUCUCUGUGUAUCCGUGAGCCUAAUAUUUACGUUCGACGUCGACACACGACAUCGUUCGCCGGAACGACGCGUUCUAGCAGUCGAGUCGCUCAAAUUUGACUCGGUCUCGACGUAGAGGACCGCG